AUGGCUUUUACGCAGGCCCGCAUUCGCGUCUCUCGAGCAUGCUCGGCGGCACGCUGGAGCCUGUUAAUACUUACAUUUAUUAUAUUCGCAGGAACAAAUACAGUUACCGCUCAAUCUUGUUGCUUCUCUAUCACUUCAUUGUCAAAGGCAUCAAGUCCAGGAGUAUUCCAAUAUGAAUUAAAUAUUACGGCCUCACACAAAGACUUUAAGCGCAAUAACCAACAAUAUACGGCAUUCAUCUCAUUUCCACCAGAAUAUCUCAUACAAGGCGAUCCAUACUCCUCCUCUCCAUCGUUCAAAUGCGAUCGGAACACAUCAUAUAGCUUUACGUGCCAAUCGCAGUUCGAUAGUACAUUUUCUGCCUCGUUUCAAGUAACGAUGGCAACAGCCAUAACAACGCAACCAACAGCAGCAGUAACAAUCUACGGAGAUACAUGUAUAAAGGAACAAUUUUGUGAUGAUCAGACAGUGGGCGCACAUUCAAAUGACAUUAGUUUGGGUCCAUUUGGGACUUGGUCAAAGACUGCAGUAAUCAUUGCUGGAGUGGUAUUAGGAUUGAUAAUAUUGGUCGCGAUAUAUUUAUUAUACCGGCGUUCACACCCAGAUUCAAAAUAUAUUGACACUUCACAGGCGCCAUCCUUCCCUGAUCAAAGCGUUGAUAAACCCAACACUCCCUUCCAAUCCGGAACGUUGUUAAACUUUUCAACCACCGACACUCCAAAAAAACGUAAAGGCUUGCUUAAAGGCUUCUUCCAGCGCGAUGAAUCUUCUUCAAACACUGAGAAAGCAAUCGAUGAGUCGGCUUGGAACCAAGCUCCUCGAUCGGUUUCCGACCUUGGGUCGGGGUUAUCUGGAAGUAAAUUUAUGCCGGUCUCGAGUGUCGUUGUAGAUAUUGAGGAGAAUUUGAGGAAUAGUAAGCGCCAUCCGCGAAAAAACGAAGCGGAUACUCAUGACUUAGAUAUCGCAACCGUGCCCGAACUAUACGACACGCCUCAAGAGAAACGGGCAAGGUCUCCCACAGUACCAAAUUCUAAUUACGAACUAUCUAAAUCGAGCUCGCGUCGGGGACAUCAUUCCGGAACCGCUCCGGGAACCUAUGAAGCUCACGAUAAAGUAAAUAGAAGAGGGUCGACGAAAAAACGCGAAACUGGUGAUAGCAGAGUGAACAAAGAAGCAUCGACGUCAAAACGCGAAGCCGAUGAGAGUAGGGUGAAUAGAGAAGCAUCAACGUCAAAACGCGAAACUGACGACUAUAGAACAAGUAAAAGACCACCAAAGCAAAAAACUGAAACUGACGACCAUAGAACGAGUAGAAGACCAUCAACAUUAAAAACUGAAACUGACGAAAGUAAGGCUAGUAGAAAACAUUCAACGUUAAAAACUGAUACUGACGAGAGUAGAGUGAGUAGGAAACAUUCAACGUUAAAAACUGAUACCGACGAGAGUAGAGUGAGUAGGAAACAUUCAACGUUAAAAACUGAUACUGACGAGAGUAGAGUGAGUAGGAAACAUUCAACGUUAAAAACUGAUACUGACGAGAGUAGAGUGAGUAGGAAGCAUUCAACGUUAAAAACUGAUACUGACGAGGGUAGAGUGAGUAGGAAACAUUCAACAUUAAAAACUGAUACUGACGAGAGUAAAGCGAGUAGGAAACAUUCAACGUUAAAAAUUGAUACUGACGAGAGUAGAGUGAAUAGAAGACCGACAUUAAAGUCUCCGUCGUCGUUGAAGGAAGACGAGCAUACACACACCAAUGUCCGUUCUCAAACGCAUCAUUCACAUCGCGACAGUGAUGAACCUACAAAUGAGGCCGUAGACGUUCGCCGAUCCAAAACGACUCACGCAUCGUCUAGCAGUCGUACUGCACAACUUACCCAUUCCAAGUCUAUGCGUUCACCUACUUCUCGUACAUCAAGUCAUCGAGAAACACGAGACCGUCCGCACAGUCCUCCGCAUAGUCCUCUGCAUAAUGCCCGGGGAAGCAAUCCUCAUAGUGAAGACGAAGCAGAUUCGGAUGAUUCAUUAUCUGAUCAAUUACCAUUGGCCAUGAUAUCUGGACAAACGUCGCCAGUGAAAUUGUUGUCACCUUUGAAGGAGAAUGAUGCUAAUGACGAUCGAAGAGAAAGUGGAAAGAAACAUGUUAGGGAAAGAGGGGAAGCGUCCAAAUCAUCGAUUGGACCAAGAACCAGUAUAUCAAGAAGUGGCAAGGAUGAAUUUAGGGAGAGUGCUCGAGACAAAGAUAGGAAGGGACAUCUGGAUAGCGCCUCUCGAGAAGUGGACCAAAGUAACAAAGUGUCUUCUAGAAAAAGAACACAACAGCUGAGAGUAGAUGAUCUAAAUUCUGUUGAGGUGGCAAGUGAUGAUGAUGUACCUAUUGCCAAAUUGAAGAGUGUCACAAAGUGA